AUGAGCUCUGACCUUAAAGAAACCGCACAGCAAGUUGUUGAUGGACCCAAGCAAUUCUUCAAAGAAGGUGUUCAAUUUAUUAACCGUUGUAAGAAGCCUGAUCAACAAGAAUUCCUCAAGAUUACUCAAGCUGUAGCUAUGGGUUUUGCUGCUCUUGGUGCUCUUGGUUACUUUGUUAAGCUUAUUCAUAUUCCUAUUAACAAUAUUCUUGUUGGUGCUGCCUAA